AUGAGGUCCACUUGCGUCACUCGUCCCCCCCAGGCGAUCAUCUUUAGUAAAUCAUUUACCUCUUUGGUACCCAUCACACAACCUAUACACCUUCAGCAACGAACUGACGUCUACUAUGAGACAGAGUUGGCCCUCCUCAUCACCAAACAGGUCAGCCCCCCCCACCCAGUAGCAGUAGCCUCAUGCCGUCAGCUCCUCCGAAGUCCUUCGGGAUCUCCACCACAGGACUGUCUGGCAUCAGUCGGGGGCAUCGCCAUCGCCUUGGACCUCACUUUGAAGGAUGUGCAGAACUCUUGCAAAACGGCGGGCGGGUCUUGGGAGACAGCCAAGGCCUUUGACGGGAGUUGUCCUAUCUCCGACUGGGUUGAAGUUGACGGAUUGUCAGAAGAUUCCCAAUGGGAGAUAUCCACUACCAUCGACGACCAGCUGGUUCAACAGCAGAGUACUACUGACAUGCUCGUCCCCAUAGGGCAUCUCCUCUCACAGCUGACCAAGUCCUUCACCCUCCUACCUGGGGACAUCAUCCUCACUGGCACGCCGGUGUUGCCUCUAGGCCCCGGCCCCCUCAAACCUAACAUGCUGCUCGAACUCAGCAUCCAACCCUCCAUUGGAACCGUCACCACUCGAACAUCCUAG